AUGAAACUGAUACUCGCAAUCUCAGCGUUUCUUAGCCUCGUCUCACCUCUUUUCGGCCAGCCCACUUCUGAAGUCAAUAUAGACUAUGUCACUACCAGCAUCACUUCAUCCCCAAGCAUUGCUGCUACCGUACCUGCACAACCCUCUGCACCCCCGCCCGGCAUUCCCAAUCCAGAGAGUGGCGUUAGCAACCUCAUCUCACUCCUCCAGCGUCUCAGCGAGCAAGCUAUUGUUCUUCAAAAGACCCUCUCUACAGUCGAAUUAGACAAGAAUAGCAUCCUUUCGAUCCGCGCCCAGACCCGAGCCAUUACCGCCAUAGGCGACGCCUCAAUAGCCCAAGCGCUCGCCUUGGAUUACCUGAACACGCUUGACAGCACAAGGGUGACUCUCAGCACCGUCGCAUUAAAGCCGACUUUCGGUCACUUAUUGACAAUUAUCACAAAUAAGUAA